AUGAUAUCUGGAUUUUCACGGAUUCGACAAGUAUCGACUAAUUUUAAAUUAAUAAAUUUCUCAAAAAAAAUACGGUUAAAAUUCAUGGAAGAGCAAAAAGAAGUUAUAGAUAACUAUCAUCAAGCAGAAAAUUUAGAUGAAAAGGUUUUUUUGAAGGAAAAAAUAGAAGAUGAAAGUGAAGAAGUGCUUAAAGACAUAUUUCCUGAUCAUUACUAUGAUAAUGGGAAAAUCCCUGUUUUUAAGCCGACAAUGGAACAAUUCCAUUGUUUCAAAAGAUUUGUAAAAUCUAUUGAUUCUUAUGGCAUGACGACAGGGAUUGUUAAGAUUAUUCCUCCAAAUGAAUGGCUAGAAAAACUUCCUGAUUAUAGAGAAAAAAUAAAAAGUAUACGUUUAAGAAAUCCUAUUGAGCAACAUAUUGUCGGAAAUAAUGGUUGUUUUCGACAAACAAAUCUUGAAAAAAGACAAACAUAUAAUCUUCCUAAAUGGAGAAAACUAUGCGAAAGCCCGGAUCAUCUUCCACCUGCUCGUAGAGGUGAAAUUAGAAAAACGAUAUACAGUAAUUAUAAGUCUAAAAAAAAAGAAAAUAUGGUUUCAACUAGUCAUUCAUCUACAUUAGAAUUGUCUCAUAAGAUUCCAAUUAAUGGUUUAUCAGAAAAGGAACAAAUAAAAAAAGGAAUAUCAAGUACUCUUAAGAAUGAAAAUGAAUUAAUAACGCCUAUGCAUUGUGAUGUUUUUGUUAAAAAAGAUAAUGCAGAGUUUAAUGAUUCUUUGGAACAAGUGAAUAUUGAUAAUAAUAUGGAAGAGUUAAAAGAAAAAUCAAAAAUUGAAGACUUGCAAACAUCAAAGAAAAAAAAUAAAAAAGCAGUAUUAUUAAAAAAUAUGAAUAAAAUUAACCAAACUGAUAAUUAUGAUUUUAAUGGUUUUGAUUAUAAAAUUACAAAUGCAGAAGAAUAUACAAUAGAAAGAUGUAAAGAACUUGAGCGCAUUUAUUGGAAAACAAUAACUUAUAAUAAUCCAUUGUAUGGAGCAGAUAUGCCUGGUUCAUUAUUUGAUGAAUCUGUUAAAGAAUGGAACGUAGCUAAUCUUGAUAAUAUUUUAAAUAAAAUGGGCAUAAUUUUGCCAGGUGUCAAUUCCUCUUACCUUUAUUUAGGAAUGUGGAAAGCUACUUUUUUUUGGCAUGUAGAGGAUAUGGACUUAUAUUCUAUAAACUAUCUUCAUUUUGGUGCACCGAAACAAUGGUAUUCAAUAUGUCAAAAAGAUGCUUCUCGAUUUGAAAAUAUUAUGAGAAGAAUUUUUCCAAAUGAUUAUAAAGUAUGUUCUCAAUUUUUAAGACACAAAACGUUUAGUGUAUCGCCCUCUGUUUUAGCACAAAAUAAUAUUUAUGUGAAUCGUCUUGUACAACAUCAAGGAGAAUUUGUAAUAACAUUUCCAUAUGGUUACCAUUCUGGAUAUAAUCUUGGUUAUAAUUGUGCUGAAAGUGUAAAUUUUGCUCCUCAUAGUUGGCUUAGUAUUGGCAGAAAUGCACAAAGAUGUAAAUGUAUUCCGGACUCUGUUCAUAUCAAUGUAGAUGAUGCAAUAGAGAAUAUGUUUGCUAAUCAUGAAGAAAAAUAUGAAAGCUCCAAAAAACGUAAAGCCAACAAAAAGGUAUCUAUGAAAAUAAAAGAAUUAAAAAAGCAUAAGAAAGUCCAUAACAAGAAAAUAAAUUGCUGUAUUCUUUGUCCUAAUGAAUCUAUUGAAGAGCCACUAAUAUCAACAAAUUGUGGAAAUUUAUCUCAUAAAAUUUGUGCAUUAUAUAUUCCCGAAACGUAUAUUGUAUAUAAUACAACGUUAUCAAAAGAUAUUGUUCAUGGGAUAGAUAUGAUAGAAAAAGCACGUUUUAGAUUAAGGUGUAUGUAUUGUCGUUCAGUAAAAGGUGCGUGUUUUCAAUGUUCUUAUGCAAAAUGUGUUCGAUCUUAUCAUGCAACAUGUGCUGCUUCUGCAGGAGUUUUAGUAGAAACAUUUCAAUCAGGUUUAAGUCAACAGUUUUUUUUUAGUUGUAAAUUUCAUCGACCAAAGCGACCUAAAUUAGAAAAACUUGAAAGCGAUGCUCAUAUUCAUAAGUUUGCUACAGAAGUUACAAUUGGUGAUGUUAUACAGGCACAAUAUACUAAAGGUGAUAUAUUUUCCGGAAUUGUAAGAGAAAAUCGUAUUGAUGAAAAUAUAAUUUUAAUUGAAAUUUCUUCUCAUGAUUUAUAUGAAGUUGAAUAUAAAUGGGUUUUGGCACCACCUCUAAGAACUUUACCUUUACAUGAAAUUUCUGCUUCUAAUACCAAUUUAAUAAAGCCUAAUGAUGUAUUACAUGAUGAAAAAAAUAAUAUGCCUUUAGAAAUUUUAACUCAAGAAAAUAAGAGCGAAGAUUUAUCAUCUACAAAUAUUUCUAUUCAGGAAAACAAAAAUCUAUUGACCAAUUCAUGUAAUGGAUUAGAGGAGAAUUCUAUAGAUCUAAUUAAUUCUAUUAUUUCACCUCCACAAUAA